AUGAUUGUCAAACGUUUAUUUGUCGCUUUUGUUUUACCGCACCAAGCUAUAUCAAUCACUGUUGAAUUUAUUCGGUUUGAGCAAGUAAAAACAAGAUAAAACUAUCGUAAAAAUGUCGUUCAAAAGUAAUACAAAGGUGCAAAAAGUGAUGGUUCAGCCCAUCAACUUGAUUUUUCGAUAUUUGCAAAAUCGUUCCCGUGUCCAAGUGUGGCUGUACGAGAAUGUUUCGCUUCGCAUUGAGGGUCAUAUCGUUGGUUUCGAUGAAUACAUGAAUUUGGUGCUGGACGAUGCUGAGGAAUAUCAUCUUAAAACAAAAAAUCGCCGUUCAUUGGGCCGAAUUAUGCUGAAAGGAGACAAUAUCACGCUUAUCCAGAAUGUUAGCAGUUCAUCAUCGUAAACACAAGCAUAGAGAAAUAGAAUACAAAACACACACGUAUAUUGAGGUUAUGUCAGUGUGGCAGCCGCCGUCAAAUGUAUACACCGAAACAUUCAAUAAAUACAUUUUUUUUUAAAAUACAAAAUUCAUGUUUAAUAAGAUAAAAUUCUUAGGUUAGUGAGAACCAUGAUCUUGUUAUAAGAAUACAUGCAUGUCGAUUUCAUAGUGGCCGGUCAAUUCUGAUAAUCUGGCUUCUGUUCGAUGUCAAAUAAAUCUAUCGCCAUUAAAUAGAUAAAACGUAUUUUAAUUUCAAUAAAAUUCCAUUCUUUAAUUCAACCAAACAAA